AUGAAGGUCUUGGCGGCAGGAGUUGUGCCCCUGCUGCUGGUUCUGCACUGGAAACACGGAGCGGGGAGCCCCCUUCCCAUCACCCCUGUCAACGCCACCUGUGCCACACGCCACCCAUGUCACAGCAACCUCAUGAACCAGAUCAAGAACCAGCUGGCGCAGCUCAACAGCAGUGCCAAAGCCCUCUUUAUUCUCUAUUACACGGCCCAGGGGGAGCCAUUCCCCAACAACCUGGACAAGCUGUGCAGCCCCAAUGUGACCGACUUCCCGCCCUUCCACGCCAAUGGCACGGAGAGGGCCCGGCUGGUGGAGCUGUACCGCAUCAUCGCGUACCUGGGCGCCUCCCUGGGCAACAUCACGCGGGACCAGAAGGUCCUCAAUCCCAGCGCCCACAGCCUGCACAGCAAGCUGAACGCCACGGCGGAUGUCAUGCGGGGCCUCCUCAGCAACGUGCUCUGCCGCCUGUGCAGCAAGUACCACGUGGCCCGCGUGGACGUGGCCUACGGCCCGGACACCUCAGGCCAGGACGUCUUCCAGAAGAAGAAGCUCGGCUGUCAGCUCCUGGGGAAGUAUAAGCAGGUCAUCGCUGUGGUGGCCCAGGCCUUCUAG